UCAGUGCAGCGAGCGGACGGACAGAUAUGAGCGCGCAGAGAUAUUUGGAUGUAUGAAUAUAUGGAUGUAUUCGCUACGCUAGGAUUAUGACAUGUUUGUACAUUCAAGAGGUCUAGAAGGUCCACAGUCCUGCAUCCAUCCAGUCUGCCACCUCCACCUUUGAAGAGGGUGCCAAUGCCAACCUAUUAGAAAGGAUUAACCAGAAUUUGCCACCUCACCUAAAUAGGUGAGAACAUCCCAUCGCCAUGGGGAACCAGCUGACCGAGAUAGCCCCCAACACCCAUUUCCUGCAAAACUUCCAGUCCUUGCAUGUGGUGGUGAUCGGCCUGGAUGCGGCUGGCAAAACCUCUCUGCUGUACAGACUGAAACUCAAGGAGUUUGUCAAGACCAUCCCGACCAAGGGCUUUAACACAGAGAAGAUCAAGUUAGCGGUGGGCCGCUCGCGGGCCACCACCUUCCAGGUCUGGGACGUAGGUGGCCAGGAGAAGCUGCGACCCCUGUGGAAGUCGUACACGAGGCAGACCGACGGCAUGGUGUUCGUGGUGGACUCCACUGAGGCCGAGCGCAUGGAGGAGGCCAAGGUGGAGCUUCACAAGAUCACCCGUACCUCGGAGAACCAGGGGGUGCCCGUCCUGGUGCUGGCCAACAAGCAGGACCUGGCCUCGGCUCUGUCUGUGAGCGAGGUUGAGAAGGCCCUGGCUGUUCAUGAACUGAAUGCCUCCACCCUGCACCACGUACAGAGCUGCAGCGCCGUGGAUGGACGGGGCCUACAACCAGGCCUAGAGAAACUCUACGAGAUGAUCCUGAUGAGGAAGAAGAUGGUGAAACACAACAAACAUAGAAAGAGAUAAGCCUUUGGUUGUUCUGGUUUAUAGGGACAUUUAUGUACUGACUAUGUGACUCUUUGAGCGGAAGUUCCGUCCCUUUAAAUAAAAGGGAGGGCUUUUUGUCCAACAAAGGACCAAUUCCAGAUGGCCCAGGGGUCAGGAUAAAUGGAUUUGUCCUUUAUGUGACAUGCAGUAUCGAUACACUGUGUCUUUCAUACCUUGUAUUAGCCACGCAGCUGCCCCUUGGAUGCAAGAAAUCUGUAAUAGCCACGAUAGGCUGUAGCUGCCUAUGACAUAUUUUAUCACACAAAGUUGCACUCACUUGUUUUACACCACAGUACAUUAGAAAUAUGACACUGAACUUUAAACUCUGAACUCUGGAUUUGAACAAAGACACAUUUUAUAUGAUAUGAAGCUAAAUCGUAUUGAUAUCAAAUGGGGCACCAAGGCGAUUACGGUAUUAUUUAUUUUGGUAGCUUUUGAAAGAACAAUUCGAAGUGCAUUCCCCUUAUGCACAGAGGUUAAGUUUCAGUUGGAUUCACCGACUGUUUUUACAAGUUGUAAAAUGUUUGUAACACUGAAUAAUUAAUAAAUCAACACACUGUAUUAAAUAUAUGUUGCUAUCUGUUGAGACAAUAUCAUAGUGUAAAGCUAACACAGUAUGCAUUUUAAUGGGGCUUCCUAUUGCCAUCCUUUAACAACAUACAGAUAUCUUCAAAUCAAAUCAAAUUGUAUUCGUCACAUGCUUCGUAAACAACAGAUGUGGACUAACAGUGAAAUGC